ACGACUAGUGCUCGUUUGUACAGCUACAGUAUAAGUUUUAGUUUUAUACUUGUGGUACUAGUGGUACAGACGAAGAUGUAACUCAGUCUUUGGUACAUCUUUUUAUAUUAUAGUGCUGUUGCCUUUUGUUUUGGCACUCCGUAGUUUUCUUUAAAAGCGGUUGUGACUAUACUAAUUGUGAGAAGAAAAAAAAUCGAAUAUGAAGUUACUCUUACUCUUGAUGAGUGUUAUUGUUAUGGCUGUCAAUCUCGGCCCAUGCAAUUGCGGCUUUCCAAAUUUUUAUGGUGAAAUCAAACAACAACCAGUAACUGACGAUCCGGGGGUGCCCCUGUUUCUAACCCCACUUAUUGAACAAAACAAAAUAAAAGAGGCUAAAACUGCGUCCUCUAUACAUUUCAAUGGAUUCAAGAAUAUGGAAUGUUAUUCUGGUUAUUUCACCGUGGAUAAAGUCUUCGAUUCGAAUUUGUUUUUUUGGUUCUUCCCAUCAAAAUCUAAUUAUGUUGCUGAUCCUGUCAUAUUAUGGCUGCAGGGUGGGCCAGGAGCCACAUCAUUAUUUGGAUUAUUUGUUGAAAAUGGACCUUUCUCUGUUAAGAACAAAAAGGGGCUGAAAUUGCGUCCAUAUGCUUGGACAAAUUCCCACUCCGUUAUUUACAUCGACAAUCCUGUAGGAACAGGUUACAGUUUCACCAAUGAGGGAUAUGCUCAAAAUGAAACAAAAGUUGGGCAAGACUUGUACAAUGCGUUGCUUCAAUUCUUUACUAUGUUUCCUGAACUGCAGAAAAAUGAAUUUUUUGUUGCUGGAGAGUCGUAUGCUGGAAAAUAUGUCCCGGCACUGUCUUACACAAUAUUAAAAAACAAUCCAGCUGCAAAAUUGAAAAUCAAUCUUCAAGGAUUGAGUAUUGGCAAUGGAUUCAGUGAUCCUGAGCACCAAUUCAAUUAUGGGGACUAUUUGUAUCAAAUUGGAUUGAUUGAUGAUAGUACAUAUAAAGUUUUCCAAAAUCAAGAACAACUAGCUAUCAACUGCAUUCAGAACAAAGAAUUUGAAAAGGCUUUUGAGAUAUCUAAUAAUCUGUUAGAUGGAGAUUUGAAUAAUGUAUCAACUAUCUUCAAGAAUGCUACAGGAUUCACCAAUUAUUUCAAUUACCUGUAUCCUGACGAUCCAAACAACAUAGAAGUGACAAAUUUUGGUAGAUAUAUUCAGAGGUCAGAUGUUCGAGCCGCAAUUCAUGUUGGAAAUGCUACGUUUCAUGGAGAAGAUCGUAUUGUGGAACUCAAGUUGAGCAAUGACAUAAUGCAGUCAGUUGCUCCUUGGAUGGCCGAGUUAUUGAAUAAUUAUAGGGUUUUGAUUUACAACGGACAACUGGAUAUAAUAGUACCAUAUCCACUAACAGUGAACUAUUUAAACAAUCUAAAUUUUAACGGAGCCCAGGAGUACAAAACAGCUCCAAGACUCAAAUGGUAUGUUGAUAAUGUAUUGGCUGGUUUUGUGAAGCAGGCUGGAAACUUAACAGAAGUUUUAGUGAGAGAUGCAGGUCAUCUGGUACCUGCUGAUCAACCACAAUGGGCUGUUGAUUUGAUUACAAGAUUUACAAGAAAUAAACCUUUCCACAGGAAAGAGUGAAAAUGAUAAUCACACAGUUAAUUUAUUAACAAUAUUAGUUGAUGAUGCAAAAUACUCUAAAUUUUUUUUUCUGGACAAUAUAUUUUUAUUUAAUGUAUUCGAGUAUAGUAAUAUGUUUUAGUAGAGAAGUUAUUUAUUCCAGUGGAAUAUACUUAUGUAUAUUUGAAAUAUAAUUCUGUGU